ACGUUGCUCGGGCAACAAUUUGUUUGGACUUUUGUUUUGAGAGAUAUCCCGUAGGAUCAGUCGUUCCAUAAAGAUUAUAUGGAUAGUAUUACAUUAUCGAUCGUGCGUGUAGUGAUCGUGAAAAGUAGUUUCCGCUUGUUUUCUUCGAUUUUUCGAUAACUUCGUUCACUACAUUUACAUUCCAGACCCACGCGUGCUUCUUAGUACGCAGGAUCAAAUACAUUUGAUGAAUACAUCCGUGAAAAACGUGAAAAUAUUUUUCGGUAAUCAACAUUGUUGAAAUUAGUUUCAACGAGAUUUCUUUCUGGAAUUUUCAAUGAUCCAAUCAGGAAUGCGGCGCGAAUCGUUAAAGGAAAAUGGACAUUAAAGAACUAUGUAAGUAAUAUAGUGAAUAGCGGAAUGGGAUCUGUGCAUACAGCCAUAUUGAAAACGAUUAGUUUUCGAAAGUGAUUUCGCGAUAGUUAGAAAAGAAAACUAUCGAAUCGCGAUUUAUUUUCCACCGUUAGUGGUUUCUUUGCUUCCUUUACGGUCCGUGAGAGAGCAGACCCACCUUCUGACAGGUGGAAUGUGGGGACCUAACAUAGCCGUGGGGUCCGACAAUCGCGAUCGCAGCGACGUGAAGCGACUUGUUCAGGAACGGGCGAAGAGAAGGACAUUGUUCGUCGUGCUUAUCCUCGGCGGGAAGGGGCGGAAGAAGGAUAUUCCGGAAGAUAUUCCCCGGUUUUUCGUGAGAAUAACCACCUCUUCUCCGCCAUCGUACGUGAGAAUAACUGGCAGAGGUCGGCCUUGAGGUGUGGAAACACAACGGGCCGGUGGUCGGUGGUUGUGCGCCGCCUUGUGUAGUAGUAGUAGUAAUCUCGGAAGAGCGGGGGGAGGGGGGGGACUCGGCAUCGCACAGAGAGAGAGAUUUAUUCGAGUUUCACAAGCUCUCUCGAUCACCGGCACCGGUCGUGACCUCGAUAGAGCUCAUCCACCUGGUUGUGUUGGAUAACUCGAAGCAGCAGCGGCAGCCGCCGCCGCCGCCGCCGCCGCCACAGGACCCUGAAAGGUCGAGAGCUCUCCUUUGCAAUCUCCCUCUCCUCCACCCUUCCUCUUCUUCUCCUUCUUCUCCUUUCUUCCUUCUUCUUCUUCUUCUUCUUCGGUUGCACGAAAAGUCGCGAGAUGUAGCGAUUUUUCGCAACGAUCCGACCACCAUCGCCCUCUUCAAACGGCGCGCGCUUCCUUUGUUAUGUAUCGUUCCACGUGUCUGUGCGCAGAGUAGCGGAGUAGUCGUGUGCGUGGAACAGAGAGAGAGAGAGAGAGAGAUAGAUAGAUAGAGGGAGAGAGAGAGAAAGAGAUAGAGAUAUUUUCGCGCCUAUUCGGGAGAGAAAAGGAUGAAAACGAUGGGCGACGUGGUCGCGGAUCCCAUCGAGGAGGAGAACAGCGUGGAGGGCACGGCGCAGAAUCCGACUGGCGGGAAAGAAUUCGGCCAGAAGACGCUCAGGUCCUUGAAGAGGGGGCUCGGCAGGCUUUGGAGGAGGCAUCGUGGCAAUGCCUCGAUCACCGAGUACGACCCCUGCUACAAGGUCGCUUAUCUUGGGAACGUUCUCACUGGAUGGGCCAAAGGCGAGGGCUGCGUGGAGAAACCCGUGUCGACGUUAUGGCGCAAUUACGUUACAAGCAGCAGGCCGGACGUGUCGAUGAGGCUGACGGUCACGAACGGCGGUUUGACCGCGACGACCAAGGAUCACGGGCUGACGGAGUACUGGGCGCACAGGGUCACCUAUUGCACGGCGCCUGCUUCCCACCCGCGCCUAUUCGUCUGGGUGUACAGGCACGAGGGGCGAAGGCUGAGGCCCGAGCUCAGGUGCCACGCCGCCCUCUGCAGCAAGGAGUCCACCGCCAGGAGGCUCGCCUCGACCUUGAACGCCAGGUUGCAGCAGGCGCUCCUGGAAUUCAGACGCGACAAGGUCUCCAGACAAAAUGCUAGGUUGUCGCUAGCAAACGCUCUGUACGAGAACCCUUCGUUGCCGCGGCGAAAGUUGCUUCUGAGCACGGGUGGUCAGAAUUACCGACCCCCCCUCGAGAGGUCGAAAAGCGCGCCGAAACUGUCCGCCAUCGAGGAGGACAUAGUCGCCGAGGAGAUAGAGCAACAAAGGAUCCUGGACGAGUUGAGAACGUUGGAGAACGUGGCGCGAAGUUGGCAGGAUCAGGAUAGCUGGAGGCUCGCGCGGCUGCUCGACGCUUUGAACCGCGAGUCGUCCGACGAGAACGGAAGUAUCUCGAGCGGAUGCGAGACAGCGAGCACGGCCACGAGCGAGGAGAGGGCGCCCGCCGGAUUGGAGGAUCAUCAUGCUACAGGGGAUGGAACGGAGCAGCAAACGGACAGAAGAGUGAUGUUCCCGAUGAACGAGACGGUGACGAGGGGCCCGGGCCCUCGAAGAAACUCGGAAGGUUCCCCAAACUUCAUGACCUGCGCCGGGAGUCCCCGUUUUCAUCGUCGAAACGUGGUCGUGCACCACGGGAGCCGGGAAAGGUUCUCGUCCCGGAACGAUGAGGAAGAAUCGAUGGAGGAGGAGGACGAGGAGAUAGAGGAUCCGGCAUCUCACGUGUUCGAUUUCGAGGAUGUCGAGGAUUUCGACGACGUGGUAGAUUACAGGCCGAGGGGCGAGAUACUGCGCAGGCUGGAGGAUCCUCAGGACAGGGAGAGACGAGUGAUGGAGAAAUAUCCCGGUCGAAUGAACCAUCACGACCUGUUGCAAAACGACGAGACCCCGUUUCUAACGUUGGACUCCCUCGACGAGGAAGUGGACAGCGACGAGAGCGGUUACGUCGAGGCGCCGCCGAAAUCUUUAUUGUUGGGCCAAGACGACCCGAGGAAGGAGGAGGAGGAGGAGAGCGGGGACAACAACGAGUCGCGUGAGGGCGAGACGCGUCGGGACGCCUUCAGGGGAUCGAAGAUCGUAGAGGGAAGUGAGAAAGCGAAAAGCGAAGAUUCCAAAGAAACGGAGGGCAUGGAGGUGGAGGAAGAGGAGGUGAGCGAGGAGGAGGAAGUCGAAACCAAGGGGGAUCCUCUGUUGACGGUGGAGAACAAUCAGAGGAUUAAAGAAAAGGAAAGGGAGAGGAGCGAUUUUAUUAAGUGUCCUAUUUCAGAGACUAUAAAGAAACUGGCGAACGCGUCGUUGAAAAGCUCCAAGUCUUUAGAAAUGACUACCAACAACUGUUUGAAAGCUCUGAAUAAUUUAAAGACCUCGAAGUCGUUCGACGGUGUUAAGGCUAUCUCGGAGAUGGAAGGUGAAUCUCCGAGUCUUCACCAGAGGAAGAAAUUGCUCGCUCAACAAGGAGUUAUCGUUUGAAAACUUGUCCAAAUAACAAGUAUAAAAAUGGAAGCCUGAAGAUUAAAUCUAGGUCUAUUCUUUCUAUCUGAUCUUCGAACGCUGGAACGAUAGGCCACUGUACAUCACGUAUAAUAGACUCGUCAUAUUUGUAUUUAGAAAAUUUUGAAACGGUAGAAAAUUUUAUGGAGGAAUAAUAAUCAAAUGGUAUAGUUAACAAUGUUCGUUUUGUUCAAUCAAUAAGAGUCUUUAGUAAACUGUUGCGUCUAUGUUAUUGAUUUAACAGAAACGAAAUGCGGUUUCGAGUAUCGUGAGAAUACGUGUUUAGAAUUUGCGAGGAUAUAAAUAUGUUGCUCUAUCGAAUUGUUGAGAAUCAAAUGAUUUUUAGGGGGAAAAAAAAAAAAAAAUGAAAUUCGUAUAGUUUAAUUCGAAAUCUGUUGAUUUAGGUGCACUGAAGAUUGUAAAUCUGAAGUUCAGAUGAAUAAGGAUUAUUAAUAAUAACUAUGAUAAAAAAAAAAAAAUGUAUUAUUCUUGCGAAGCGUGGUACAAUUACUUUUCAUUGUUUGAUUUAGGAAUGUGUACUUAUAAAGCAGAGAGAGAAUUAAGUGAAUUUGACGCGUGAUUUAAAAUUGAAUAUUUUUAUAAAGUUAGAUCCGCACAACGUAAUUAUGAAUAAAAAUAGUUUAUAUAGAUAUAUUUAAUAAAUGUUAAAAAUAAUAGAAAUUUAAAUUUCUUUAUUCAAAUUUUAAGAGAAAUGCUUUCUAAGAUUAAAACAAUAUUUUUUCAUAAAUUUUUCAUUAACAAUGCAAAUUUGUUGAAUAUAAUAUAUUUCAUGCUAUUUAAAUCCACGCGUUUUAUUGCUUGCCGAAAAUGAGAUUAAAAUCCUAUUUUGUGUAUUAGUCGCAGAUUAAUUCGUUUAUAAUGUAUACUUUAAGAAUUCGAAAUUUUAUAUUUAAAUUUAUUAUUACACGGUUCUUAAACGGGAACAGUGCCAUAUAUAUAUAUGCUCUUAGACUCGACAUAAUUCUUCUGUAUUUCUGUAUUCUACUAAAUGUAUGUAAAAAUUUUUUAAUAUUAUAUUAUGAAAAGAAUUUUAAUAUUAUAUUAUGUUAAUGAAUAAUCUGGACUAAACACUUUAAUAAUUGCUCAUAUAAUUCGGUAUUUGAUUAGAAUGUGAACUAGGAGGAUAUCAUGAUAAAUGUCGCGGAAAAAAUUAAAAAUAUUGUCACCAUUGCUGUACAAGAAAGAUUCGAAGAUGAAUAAAAAAGAAAAAAAUUCUUGAAAAUCUAAAA